AUGGAUCCAAAACAAGACAGCAUUUUGGCCAAUUGGAAAUGUAUAGCGGCAUGUACGCUUGUGUCCAUGUCGCCGUUUCAAUAUGGCAUUGAUUUUACCAUGAUCGGUGGUUUUCAGGCCAUGGUUGGGUUUCUACAGGUCUAUGGUGAGAAAUCAUCCGUCACGGCUAUCGGAUACAACAUUAGCUACACUCGUCAGCAAUUGAUCUCUUCUCUGAUGACCUUGGGAGCUUUUCUUUCAUCAUCUGCAGCUGGGCCAAUUGCCACCUACAUCGGCCGCAAAUCUGCUCUAUGGCUAGCGUGUCUUCUCAUCUAUGUCGCUAACAUUAUCAUGAUGACCACCGACUCUAUCGGCGCACUGUACGCGGGUCGAUUCAUCAUGGGUCUGGGCAAUGGAUUGCUCCUGACUUUCUCUCAACUGUACAUCCAGGAAGUCUCACCAGCCCGUUACCGCGGUGUAAUGAUCUCCAUCUUCAUGUGCUGGACGUCAAUCGGCUCGCUCGUCGGCACAGUCAUCGACAACUUCACAGCCAAAAUCAUCGGAAAAAACAGCUACAUCAUCCCUCUCGGCUUGAUUUAUAUCAUCCCCGCCAUCCUUUGCGCCGGUAUUCUGAUCAUCCCGGAGUCACCUCGCUGGCUUCUGCAAAAGGGGAAGAAAGAAGAAGCACACAAGGCAAUGACAUGGUUACGCCCGUUUCCCGAGACCGUUGACGCCGAGAUUGCUGAGAUCCAGGCGGCCAUAGAUAUGGAGUUGAGUCUUGCUGAUGGUGUUUCUGUUUGGGAUAUGUUUUCGAACCCUGUUGACCGGAGACGAACUAUUCUUGCUGUUUGUGGUGUUACCUUGCAGGCUGCUUCGGGUGCUAUGUAUAUGAUUGCUUACGGAACGUAUUUCUUCGAAAUGGCAAACAUCGGCAACGCGUUUGAAAAUAGCUGCAUUCUGAGUGCCCUCGGCGUCGUGGCCAUCGUUGUCAAUAGCGCUGUUAUAGCCAAGAUUGGUCGUCGACGACAGUUCCUCAUGACUGGAAUGGUGCUCUGUGGUAUUAGUCAACUGAUUACUGCUGUUGUUUACACCACCCACCCUGGAACGGAGGGUACCGGAAGAGCUAUUGUUGGAUUAGCUGUUAUAUUCAUUGUUGGUUACAAUGGUAUGGUGUCGUCCUACGCAUGGGUUUCUGGUGGUGAACUGCCUUCUCAGCGUCUACGAUCUUAUACCUUUGGUUUUGCCGCAGCUAUCGGUUUCUUCGGAGCGUGGCUCACCACAUUCACUGCACCAUACUUUAUCAACCCUGACUCGAUGAACUGGGGACCUAAAUACGGAUACAUCUGGUUCCCAUCUUGUCUCAUUGGCGCCGUUUGGGUAUACUUCUUCCUACCGGAAGUCAAGAACCGCACUUUGGAGGAGAUUGAUGAGAUGUUUGAGAUGCGCAUUCCGGCUCGUAAAUUCUCGUCGUAUAAAUGUGUGGGACGUGCUGCGAUGCAAGCCAUGGAUCAGAAGAAGUCCGAUGCUGUUAUUGAGCAGAACUCUGAGAAGGAUACAAAGGAGCAUGGGGCUUAUGCUGAGGAAGUUGAGCGUACUGCUUAA